UCAACCAGAAGGUGCCUCCUAGCUGUAAGGAACAGGAGAGGAGUGUGAACUGGCUUAAAGUGUGUUUAAAUGAAGGUUGUCCGAUGAACAGUCAGCACAGUAAAUAUGUGUACGGCUGUGCAUGUGACGAUUAAUCCGUUCUUCACGUCUCGUUAGCUUUUUUCACCGGUGAGCCCACUGUGACUCUCCUCUGAGACUCCUGGGAAUCCCUGUGAUAUCAGACACAACCAUGUCCAUGUUCAGCACAGGCAUCCUGGUGCUGACGUCUCCUCUCCAGACUCUCCCGUUACGCAUCGCUCCAGUGCUCAGCUCGGCCGCUCAGCUCGUAGACCGCACGCUGUACGUCCAUCUCCAUCCCGGGCUAAACCUGACCAGUGGGGCCCAACCUCGACCCGUUUUCAUUCCACCCGUAGUCGACCUGUCCACGCUCAUCACUCGGCUCUACAACAACGCAGCGGAUGUAUGCGGCCACCUGGAUGUUCGGGUUUUGCUCACUAAUAUUCGCGCUCAGCCGGCUGCCAGCGGCGGGGCCGCGACUCCAAACUGCCCCUUCCCCACACCGCAGCCUCUGUUUCACUCCCCGGAUGUGGUGCUGACGGACUUUGCGCUGCAGGACCCGCAUCAGUCCCAUCAGGUCCAGCAGUGUCUGGAGAAGUACACCGGUCACUGUUAUGUCUGUAGACCCGGUAUCUCAUCGGUGCUGCUUCAUCCGCAACUAGUAAAGCUGCAGGAGAACGAGGAAGCGCCAGAAAGUGGCGAAGAACAAAAGGCCGAACCCAUAGAAACCUACAGUGAUGUAGUGGUAGGAGGAACGUUCGACCGCCUGCAUGGAGCCCACAAGACGCUGCUCAGCAUCUCAUGUCUCCUGGCCAACAGGAGGUUUGUCAUUGGUGUGUGCGACCAAGCAAUGCUUAAAAAAAAAGUUCUGAAGGAGCUGAUUGAGCCGUACUCGGUGCGAGUGCAGAGACUCCAGGAGUUUCUGCAGGACACCAAACCGUCCCUGCAGGUUGAGAUCGUCCCACUUGAAGACCCCUUCGGCGUGUCCAUCGUGGACCCUCAGCUGAAGUGCAUCGUGGUCAGCGAGGAAACGAGAAAGGGCGGCGAGGCUGUCAACACGAAACGCGCUGAGAACGACCUUCCACUUCUUGUCCUUCAUGAGAUCCAGCUGCUUAAGGACGCUCACCGCAACGAAAUUGAGGAGGAGAAGAUCAGCUCGUCCAGUCUACGCUCUCGUCUACUUGGCAACCUCCUUGUCCCACCUAAAGGUUCGCCCCACCUCCCUCCUACUCCGUAUGUGAUUGGUCUGACGGGAGGCAGCGGCAGUGGAAAGAGCUCCGUGGCCAAACAGCUGGAGGUUCUUGGCGCGGUUCAGAUCGAGUGCGAUAAGCUGGGUCAUGAGGUGUACCAGCCCGGUGCACAGUGCUAUCAGAAAGUGCUCCAAGUUUUUGGAUUAGAAAUUCUGAAUGAGGAUAAAACCAUCAACCGGCGAGCUUUAGCAUCAAAAGUAUUCGGGAACCAGGCACGGUUAAAAUGUCUGACAGACAUUGUGUGGCCUGAGAUUGCAAUUCUGGUCAAGCAAGCAAUAAACCAAGCCAGGAAAGAAGGUAGGGAGGUUUGUGUGGUGGAUGCAGCUGUUCUUCUGGAGGCCGGCUGGACAGACUUGGUCCACGAGGUUUGGGUCAUCAUCAUUCCUGAGGAGGAGGCUGUGACAAGAAUAAUCGAACGGGACGGGGUCAGCAAAGAAGAUGCCCUGCGCAGGCUGCAGAGUCAGUGGCCAAGCAGCAAACAAGUCAAGCAAGCUAACGUAGUGCUGAGCACUCUGUGGGAGUCAGAGGUCACCCGGAAACAGGUACUAAAAGCUUGGAAUCUCCUUCAGAAGAGAAUCCUGAAGACAGAGGGAUGAU